AUGGCCGCGGGCCCCAGAACGCGAGGCGAAGGUCCCGCCGUUGGGGGUGGAGGGGGGGCGGGCCCCAGGCCCAGGUGACGCCGACUCCGGUCGCUCUCCCGCGCGGGUAAACAGCCCGAAUGAAAAGAGGCCCCUUGCCCUGUGGGCCCGAAGGUGUAGCGUCGCUUUCAGGCGGGAAAGGUGGAAGAAGAAAGGUGCCACUUUGGCAUGAAGACAGACUCGCUUAGUCGUCAGUCAUUUAAGCUGAGUGCAUUGUGAUUUCCAAUAAUUGAGGCAGUGGUUCUAAAAGCUGUCUACAUUAAUGAAAAGAGCAAUGUGGCCAGCUUGACUAAGCCGCCAGCGUGUGCAGUGCGGGCAGGACGGUACCCGGGUCUCAACGGACUUGUGCAUGUUAGCUGUAUAGAUUUAUGUAAGGUUUUUUAAAACUCUGGUCUUUUAAAAUAGUCUUAACCACUUUUACUAUGGAGACAUAUGAGAGUCCCUCUCCUCUCCCGCGUGAGCCCGCAGGAGAAGCAGUGAUGGAGAACCGAGCUUGCCCCCUCCAAGCGCUGCCCCGUGAACAGUCUCCACCACCUCCCCUGCAAACGUCCAGUGAUGCAGAGGUAAUGGACGUUGGCUCUGGUGGUGAUGGACAGGCCGAAUCCCCUGCUGAGGACCCGCUCAACUUCUACGGAGCUUCUCUUCUCUCCAAAGGAUCCUACUCUAAGGCCCGCCUCCUCAUAGACCCGAACUGUAGUGGCCACAGCCCGCGCACCGCCCGGCACGCACCUGCGGUCCGGAAGUUCUCCCCUGACCUUAAGUUGCUUAAGGAUGUAAAGAUUAGCGUGAGCUUUACCGAGAGCUGCAGGAGUAAGGACAGGAAGGUGCUGUACACAGGAGUGGAGCGCGACGCUCGUGCAGAUUGCGGUCUGGCCCUUAGCCCUGUCAGUGGAGACGUGCAUGCUUGUCCUUUUGGCGGGAGUGUUGGGAACGGGGUAGGCGUAGGGGGUGAGAGUGCUGAUAAGAAGGAUGAGGAGAAUGAGCUGGAUCAGGAAAAGAGAGUGGAGUACGCAGUGCUCGAUGAGUUAGAAGAUUUUACUGACAAUUUGGAGCUAGAUGAAGAAGGAGCAGGCGGGUUCACGGCUAAAGCAAUCGUGCAGAGAGACAGAGUGGAUGAAGAGGCCUUGAACUUCUCCUAUGAGGAUGAUUUUGACAACGAUGUCGAUGCUCUGCUGGAAGAGGGCCUUUGUGCUCCCAAAAAGAGGCGAAUGGAAGAGAAAUAUGGAGGAGACAGUGACCAUCCGUCUGAUGGAGAGACAAGUGUGCAGCCAAUGAUGACCAAGAUUAAAACAGUGCUAAAAAGUCGUGGCCGUCCUCCUACGGAACCGUUGCCUGAUGGAUGGAUCAUGACAUUCCAUAACUCUGGAGUCCCCGUGUACCUACACAGAGAGUCUCGGGUGGUCACCUGGUCCAGGCCGUACUUCCUGGGAACGGGAAGCAUACGGAAACAUGAUCCUCCUCUGAGUAGCAUUCCCUGUCUGCAUUAUAAGAAAAUGAAGGAUAAUGAGGAAAGAGAGCAAAACAGUGAGCUUGCUCCCAGUGGGGAAGUGUCCCCUGUCAAGCCGCUGAGCCGAUCUGCGGAGCUGGAGUUCCCCCUGGAAGAGCCUGACUCCAUGGGAGCUGACUCAGGGCCCCCUGAUGAGAAGGACCCGCUGGGGGCUGAGGCUGCCCCUGGGGCCCUGGGGCAGGUGAAGGCAAAGGUCGAGGUGUGCAAGGAUGAAUCAGUUGAUCUUGAGGAAUUUCGGAGCUACUUGGAAAAGCGUUUUGACUUUGAGCAAGUCACUGUGAAGAAAUUCAGGACUUGGGCUGAGCGGCGGCAGUUUAACCGAGAAAUGAAACGGAAACAGGCAGAGUCUGAGAGGCCCAUCUUGCCAGCCAAUCAAAAACUCAUCACUCUGUCUGUGCAGGAUGCACCCACAAAGAAAGAGUUUGUCAUUAACCCCAACGGGAAGUCCGAGGUCUGCAUCCUGCACGAGUACAUGCAGCGAGUUCUCAAGGUCCGCCCUGUUUAUAAUUUCUUUGAAUGUGAGAACCCAAGUGAGCCUUUUGGUGCCUCGGUGACCAUUGAUGGUGUGACCUAUGGAUCCGGAACUGCAAGCAGCAAAAAACUUGCGAAGAAUAAAGCUGCCCGAGCUACGCUGGAGAUCCUUAUCCCUGACUUUGUCAAACAGACCUCUGAGGAAAAGCCCAAAGACAGUGAAGAGCUUGAGUAUUUUAACCACAUCAGUAUCGAGGACUCACGGGUCUACGAGCUGACCAGCAAGGCCGGACUGUUGUCUCCCUAUCAGAUCCUUCACGAGUGCCUUAAAAGAAACCAUGGAAUGGGUGAUACAUCCAUCAAGUUUGAAGUGGUUCCUGGUAAAAACCAGAAGAGUGAAUAUGUCAUGGCGUGCGGCAAACACACAGUCCGCGGCUGGUGUAAGAAUAAGAGAGUUGGAAAACAGUUAGCCUCUCAGAAAAUCCUUCAGCUGCUGCAUCCACAUGUCAAGAAUUGGGGGUCUUUAUUGCGCAUGUAUGGUCGCGAAAGCAGCAAGAUGGUCAAGCAGGAGACCUCGGACAAAAGUGUGAUUGAGCUGCAGCAAUAUGCCAAGAAGAACAAGCCAAACCUGCACAUCCUGAGCAAACUACAGGAGGAGAUGAAGAGGCUGGCUGAGGAGAGGGAGGAGACACGAAAGAAACCCAAGAUGUCUAUUGUGGCGUCUGCCCAGCCUGGUGGCGAGCCCCUGUGCACUGUGGACGUAUGAGGGAGGCAGCAGGGUCAGGCGCGGGGACUGCCAGCUCUGCUGCCAGGGAGACCUCACGCCACUCACUCUGCAGCCUCGGGCCUCCGAUCUGAGUUCCUCCCCUGCGGCCAGGCUUCUGCCGUCUGGGCCAGAGGGGUGGGGCUCUGGUGCAUGGGGACAGCAGGGCCACGAAGCUCUUCCUUGGGGGCCGCCCACAGGUCUGAGUGGGCGUGUUCAAGGAUGGACUCUGCUUGUCCACACAGGUGGAAGCCAAGAGCUUGACAAUAACUGUGGAUAACCUCUGCUUAUGUGGACUUGCUGCAGACUGGUUUGAUGAAGGUUUUCAUGUGUGUCAGUACAUAACAUGCACUGACAAAUGUCAGAUAAAAUGAGAAAGUGGUGGCAAAGUUCUGUGGUACCCUGUGCCCAGGGUUCCCGCAGACCACUGCAGGGACCUGGUCAGAAGGCGCACGCUGGGACCCCCAUCCCCUUCCCUGCCUCUUGUGUUUUCCCUUUUUCUCUGAAAAGGUUACAACAGGAAGGAGUAUUUCAGACUUUUUGGUUUAAAAUAAACACAAUUUUAGAAUCAGAACUAUUUUUCAGAGAUUGUAGGCAAACCCUCAAGGUGAUUAUUUGCCAUCCUUGAAAUGCAUUGCCAGUGUAUGCCUGGCUUGUUGCCCUGGUCCUGGGUUGGCGUGCGGUCCAUUUUUCUGAGUAAGUCUUAAUGUCCUAAAAACACGCCUUCUUAAGACACUGAGGCCCCUCACCUUCACUGGCCUCUGGCAACUUUUUACUAAUGAUUUUUGCACAGUCAAGUCCAUCUGUCCACCCAUCAAUUUUUAAAGCUUUUAUGAAAUUUUAGCAUUUGGAAAGAAACUUUUACAGUGAGAGUAGAAGGUAGAUUUGGAGUCACGUAGCAGAUAUAAACAAGUUAAUGCAUUUUAGCACGGGGAUUUUAAAAGAGGAAAUAAGGACCCUCAGUGCAAUCCAUCCGUGAUCACAAAGUGGCGCUCUUCUCCAGACCUGGCAUAAACCCAUGGACGGUGGCUGUCUUCCCUGUGACAAUGGCUUCACUGGAUUUCAAGGGCAAUUGCCCUAUGCAUCCAGGCCUGGUGGCCAGCCUGUUACUUUGACCAGCAGCCUGUGUUUUCCAAGUGGCUCCUGUGGACCAGUGCAGGGAUAAGUGUGUUCCUGCCCUGAACCCCAGAGGAUGUGGGUGUGCUUAGGGCCCUUGGUUGUCCCCAUGUGCAAGGUACAGGUAGUCAUCAGUUCCCUGUCACCAGGGCCUGCUCAGGGUGCUGUGUGCUGAUGGUGCACUGUCAGCUGCAGGAGCCCAGUGCUGGGUUGCAUUGUCGCAUUCCACGGGUGUGCCUGUUCUCCAUCAUGUCCCCCGUGGUUGGUGUUGAUGGCAUUUGUUUUCAGGAAGACAAUGUUGGGUCUUGUGUGCCACCCACAGUGUAUCCCUCCCUUGCCACCUAUGUGACUGAGGUUGGCUUCUGUGUUGACGUUUAUAAACAAAACCCUUAAAUCAA